UAAAGUCUAAUCGAAUAAUCCAAGCACUCACGCACAUAUCUUCAACUCGAACUGCAGUAUUGAAAAUUUAGUCCGGCGAAGCCCCUAGCGUCCUCAAUCGGCAGCCUGAAGCCGAGUCCUCCCCUUCCCGAUGACGACGAUCCGCAGAUUUUGCUGCGAAGAUCUCCUCCGUUUCGCUCCCGUCAACUUCGAUCACCUCACCGAGACCUUCAACAUGUCCUUCUACAUGUCUUACCUAGCUCGAUGGCCUGACUACUUCCACGUCGCAGAGGCACCUGGCAAUCGAAUCAUGGGUUACAUAAUGGGUAAGGUUGAAGGCCAGGGUGAAUCUUGGCAUGGCCACGUAACUGCUGUAACAGUUGCUUGUGAGUAUCGAAGGCAGCAAUUGGCUAAGAAACUUAUGCACUUGCUUGAGGACAUCAGUGAUAAGAUUGACAAGGCUUACUUUGUAGAUCUGUUUGUGAGGGCAUCUAACAUGCCAGCCAUUAAAAUGUAUGAAAAGCUAGGUUAUGUUGUUUAUCGGCGUGUUCUUCGCUAUUAUUCCGGCGAAGAAGACGGUCUCGAUAUGAGAAAGGCCUUAUCUCGUGAUGUUGAGAAGAAAUCUAUGAUCCCACUCAAAAGGCCAAUCACUCCUGAUGAGCUUGAGUAUGAUUGACUAAAUUGUUUUGUCUCUUUUUAAUGUCUGAUCCAAUUUCUGAAACUUUAGCAUUUGCUUGCGUUGAAACGUUAUAAUUAGAUGUUUGUUUCCAUUUUCUUGUCGCAUUAGCGUCAAAAAAUAUGUUUUUAUUUAGAAAAAAUUGUAUCAGAAUAUAUUUAUCCCAAAAAAAAAAACUAGAAUAGUUCUCAAUACUUGAAAUUAAUGUAAUAGUAAUUAUUUAUAUA